CCCGGAAGUGCGUGCCGCUUGUUUGGGUAGCUGGCCUGCUUAACUCCUGCUAUGCCGCGCAGCAGGAGGGAGCUGCGCCUUUAAGAACCUGGAUAGAACGGAGGCUGCCCCUUCCAUUCCACGGCGAUGGCAGACCAUAUGGCAGACCCCACAUCCUGCCACACUAUCGAUGACGGGACCAUAGUCAUCCUCAGUAUGUAUCCGGAAACCCAGACUGGAUCGGACACAGAAGAAGAGGUCGCCCAGUUAAAUGUUGGCCCUUUAAAAUAUUCAACAACCCUAACCAACAGACAACGAGGAAACAUGGUAUCUGUAUUACCAGCAACUCUGGACUCCCUUUCUGUGCAGCAGCUUGCAGCCCAGGGAGAGCUCACUCAGUUAAAGGAAUAUCUGCAGAAAGAUGAUAGUUUUUUAAACCGACCAGACGAGCGAGGCUUUACUCCUUUAAUGUGGGCAGCUGCUUUUGGUGAGAUAGAGACUGUCCGUUACCUCCUAGAAAUGGGAGCAGAUCCUCACAUCCUGGCCAAGGAGCGAGAGAGCGCCCUGUCUCUGGCAAGCACUGGAGGAUAUUCCGAUAUUGCUACUCUACUCCUGAAUAAGAAAGUGGACAUUAAUAUUUAUGAUUGGAACGGGGGCACACCAUUACUGUAUGCAGUGAGAGGGAAUCAUGUAAAAUGUGUGGAGGUGCUACUAGAGCGAGGAGCAGAUUUAACGAUGGAGGCAGAUUCGGGAUACACCCCAAUGGAUCUUGCUGUUGCACUGGGACAUAAGAAAGUUCAACAGGUCAUUGAAAAUCACAUCCUGAAACUGUUUCAGAGUCAGUCGUGAUGUGCAGAAGACUUGGAGCAACUUUGUCAGUUCUUCUUCAUUGGACGUGGACAGAAGAACAUAGACAUUUUCUGUAAUGCACAGUGGACAGCAUUAAAUUAACUCCUGAUCUCAAACAAAGUUAUCAAGAAAUGUAAGCUUUUUUUGCAGAAAAAUAAUUCAAGCUGAGCAAAGUACUUUAGAUAAGCAGGGUAAAAACAAUCUGGAUAAAUUCUGCUUGAAGGAGCAGCAGCCAGUCAUUGCCAUUUUCCUUUCUAAAUGUGCCUUACCCGACCAGGAAGGUUUAGGGCCUAUAUGAGUGGGGAAUCAGGUUCUCCAGCAUUAAUGAGUCUGAAGGGUUACAAUAUCAAAAGCAAAAGACAAUGAUAUUUCAUCACAUUAGUUUUCAUCACAUUUUCACACCACCAAGAAUUGAAGGUUAAAGGGGUAUUCAGAACUCACAUAUCUAUGGCAUGUCCACAGGAUAUGACAAGAUUAUGUGAUGGAUAUGAGUUACACCUCUGGGGCACUCAUAUGAAGAAAGAAUGGGCGUCCCUCAACCCAUCCAGGCAGAGCAUGGACAGUUGGCUGCAUAAGAGUUACAGAAACAAUCGAGCAAGCUCAUCUGUUUCCAUAAGUCCCAAGAACCGAUUUGGGACUACAGUGCUUAGUCCCAUAGAAAAUGAAUGAAGUGGAAGCGCACACCCUCAACCAGCUGCUUCAUUCAUAUGGUGCACAUGCCUGCCAUUCUCAUGAUCAAUUGGGGAUGCCAGUGCCUUAAACGGGUUCUCCGGGAUUUUUAUAUUGAUGGCCUAUCCUCAGGAUCAUGAAUGUGAGAUCUGCGGGGAUCCGACUUCCAGCAUCCGACGGAUCAGCUGUUUGAGGUAGCUGCGGAGCACCAGUGAGCACUGUAGCUUCCUUACAGCACCAUACAUUGGAUAGCAGCAGUGCUUGGUAUUGCAGCUCAGCCCUGUUCAAUUGAAUGGGACUGAACUGCACCUAGGCCAUAUGACCAAUGAACGGUGAUGUCACCAGCCUAGGAAGAGAUCUGAACGCUCAGGGAGCACCACAGCCUCUUCGAACAGCUGACCAGUGGGGGUGGUAUCCAUAUCAUAAUCCCGGAGAACCCCUUUAAAUUUAGGAUCUGAAGACAUGCUGUAGUGUAACACUGCGGCUUUGUUGACCCUCACUUCAUCAGUUAGUAGUCAUCAGAGUCCUUGCCAUGGGUAAAUACCAGCUGUAAAACAAAUCAGUUACGUGUUUCUGUAGUCUCAUGUCAAAUUUCUGUUUAAUGAUUAUGGAUUUUUGAAUGUAUUUUCUAGGCACCUGAUGUUUUAAAAGUAAAUGAUCUUUAUGACACAAUUCAUUAGGUAAAAUUUGAUACCAAAUGGUAGUCAGAAGCCACAAGACUUGAUACAGUGGCCGUGAAUAAAGCACAUGUAUGAAUCUGUACUUUUAAAGUGGAUCUGUCACUUGGGAACAUGCACCUGAAGCUUGGGCAGAACUCCAGACCCUUUCAUAGAAAGUAGCAGUUCCCAAAGUCAGAGCCGAAAACAGUAUUAAAUGAAGCAGCGGUAGAAAAUUCCAUUCCACUAAAACAGCUCUGCUCAAAAGUAGGUGUGCGUUUCAGAAGUGACUUCAUCCAUUCCACUUUUAGGUAGAUGAAGUUAUAAAACUUUCUAAUAUACCUUGUGUUACAGUUCCUGAAUACCUGUCCGCACAUAGGUGCAUGGCAGUGUUUAGUAUGGAGUCACUAAGGCUACACUCCUCACAGUCAUGACAAAUAUUGAUGGAUCAAUAUUUGACAGCAAGAAUAGUACUGCGCACUAUGCUUUUCAUGUAGUCUAAAGGUCUAGCAUGAAUUAAUGCAUUUGUGUGGGCAACAUAUUGCCAGGGUAGGUUUUCAUCCUCUAGCUUUAAAUAAUGGUUGCUUCCAUUGGCUGGCAGGAAACAGAUCUUUAAAGGGAGCCUGUCCGCAUGAAAUUGCAAAGGAUGCUGCAGGCAGCAUGUUAUACAGCAGGAGGAGCUGCGCAGAUUCAUAUAUAGUUU